CCUGCCGGCGGCGGCCGCUGGGGGCUCCCGCCGCGGCGGCUCGGCCCGCCAUUGUCGGGGGCAUGGAGGGCGAGAGCACGUCGGCCUUGUUGUCGGGCUUCGUCUUCGGCGCCCUCGCCUUCCAACACCUCAGCACCGACUCGGACACGGAAGGUUUUCUCCUUGGAGAUGUGAAAGGUGAAGCCAAGAACAGCAUUACUGACUCACAAAUGGAUGAUGUCGAAGUUGUGUAUACAAUCGACAUACAGAAGCAUAUUCCAUGCUACCAGUUGUUCAGCUUUUAUAAUUCUGCAGGAGAACUGGACGAACUUGCACUGAAGAAAAUAUUAUCAGGCUGUAAGAAGAAUGUAAUAGGAUGGUACAAAUUCAGACGUAACACAGACCAGGCCAUGACAUUCCGGGAAAGACUUCUUCAUAAGAAUUUACAGUCACACCUAUCAAACCAGGGCCUUGUAUUCCUGUUAUUAACUUCUAGUGUUAUGACAGAAAGUUGUUCUACUUACAGACUGGAACAUGCCUUACAUCGGCCACAAGAAGGUCUUUUCCAGAAAGUUCCUUUGGUGGUUACCAACUUGGGUAUGGCAGAACAGCAAGGUUACAGAACAGUAUCUGGCUCCUGUGUAUCGUCAGGGUUUGUGAGAGCAGUGAGACAACACAGGUCAGAAUUCUUUCAUGAAGAUGGGUCCUUACAAGAGGUUCACAAGAUAAAUGAGAUGUAUGCCACCUUGCAGGAGGAACUGAAGAAAAUAUGCUCUACAGUAGAAGUCAGUGAACGAUCUGUAGAGAAACUCUUAGCAGAGGUGAGCCAAUUAAAAGAAGAAAUCAAGAGGAAAAAGCAACAGACUUGUUCAGAAGUCACAGACUGCGCAGGAGAGCCACAGGAGAAUGUUCUCCUUUGUCAGGCACUGCAAACUUUUUUCCCCAAUUCUGGACUUCAGGCAUGUAUUGUUUCCUUGAAAGGCCAACAUAUACCAAAGAACUGCUGUAACAUUGACCAUAACAUUAAUGUCAAGGACAAACUAACUCUCAUGGUAGAGGAAAAAGACGUCACUGAAGCUGAAACAAGACACUUAACCAAGCGUAAAGUCAGGUGGACCACAACAGGAUCAAAGUCAUUCAAGAAAUCCAGAUCACUGCAGCUUCACCAAAAAUUACUUCAAGACCAAGAGGACACUGACCAGGAAAGGAAGCUUACACUGAGUAGUACUGGAACAGAUGAGGAUUCAUUUGAGAAGACAGACACAAAUGAAUACCCACAAUCUCCUACUUUCUGAUCCAUUAAAGAUUUGUCCAGAUCCAGACCUUCCACCAAGAGCUACUGCCAGCGUACUCAAGUGACAUAUCGAUUUAUAGUACUGCAGGGAUGAAAGUAUCAUAGUGCAUUUUUGCA